AUGUACCUGAAUGAAAACAGCUCGGUUGCAAAUCUUAAAGAGUUUUUGAAUUGCCAUCAAACUGCUGUCAAUGCCAUCAAAGCAUUACGGAUAAAGGACUUAUCAGAUUUUCUGUUAUUUUCUUUGGCGUUGCGGAACAUUGAUCCUCAUACCAGAAGAGCAUUUGAAAAUCAACUUGGUACUUCUGAAAUUCCCGAGUACAAAAGUUUUAUGGAUUUCGUUACACAGCAACUCCAAGCACAUGAAUUCUGUCAGCAAAAUUCCUCUAAAAUCAUGCCCAAACCAUCUACUUCUCGUCAUGUCAAUCCAGUCAUAACAAAACCACGUAAUAUGUUCAGUACUAAUUCUGCUUCCACUUCUCAACGUCAAAUUCCCGAUCAAUCUUCUAGAAUUCCAAACACUCGAAAAUUUCAUUGUCCUAAAUGCAGUGAUUCGCAUCCACUUUUCGCCUGCCCACAGUACAUAGCUAUGUCACGAGAAUCCAAACUUAACUUCUUGAAGAGUUCAAAACGCUGUUUCAAUUGUUUAGGCCUCCAUAAUAUUAAAGAUUGCUCUUCAAAGAACUCUUGUAAAUUCUGCAGUUCCAAUCGCCACCACACCAGCUUACACCCUAAUUGUAGUUCGUUCGAUUCUUCAGUCACUCGGGAAGGUUUUAAUCGCGAUGCCCAAAACGUAGGUGAAAAUUUAGUCAACUCUUGUCAUUUGAAUAAAGAAGUAGCCUCCCUUAAUCAAGUAUUGCUUGGUACUGUUCAAGCUAGAAUUCAGGCUGCGGAUGGCUCUAUAAGUUCCAUCAGAGCUGUUCUUGAUCCCGGUUCCCAAGUUUCAGCGGUCACUGAACGUUUGGUCCAUAGGUUAGGUUUAAAAAUUAAUCCCACAGACGUUCACGUUUCAGGUAUUGGCAAAUCAAAAGCUAGGUCUUUAGGCAUGGUAACAUGCAAAUUGUACCCAUUAUCAAGUGCGAAUAUUUUAGAGUUGCAAGCCGUCGUAUUACCUCAAAUAACCAAUAGUUUACCUUCUGUGUCUUUGUCUCCAGAAAUCAUUGAACAUUUCGAACAUUUGGAUUUGGCUGAUAAAAAUUUCUAUUUGUCGCGCCCUGUAGAUAUGUUGUUGGGAGCUGACACAUAUUCAAUGGUGUUCGAUAGGGAUGGUCGUUUAUCAUCUGUUGGUUUCCCGACCGCAGUCAAUACAUUUUUUGGUUGGACUAUAAUCGGUCCCGUGCAAGAAAGUAAACUAGAUUCCGCACCAACUUCAAUCUUGCUCGCUGACUCCAUUCUCGGUGAUACACUUCGGGCAUUUCGGUCAUUGGAAGAAGUUUCCGAGGCCAAAGUGUUGAAUACCAUCGAUGAAUAUGUAUGUUUAAGCGCGACAAAAGAGCAAGUGGACUGUAUGAAAUUCGAACAAUAA